ACAUACAUAGAGAUACUCGUUUAGCAGAAUUGAGUCUGGUUCAUUUCAUUUCAAGUUUCAAUGGAAUCCAUUGGCGUUCUACUGACAUGCCCAAUGUACACCAACCUCCACGAAGAACUCGCAAACCGAUUCAACCUAUUCAAACUCUGGAACUUUUCAUCAUUCCAAUCCUUCUCUCAAACUCACGCUAAUUCAAUUCGUGCAUUGGUUUGCGACACCAAAAUCGGUGCCGACGCAAACACGAUCGAUUCACUUCCCAAUCUAGAAAUUGUUUCAACUUACAGUGUUGGAUUAGAUAAAAUUGAUCUGAAAAAGUGUAGAGAGAAAGGAAUUCGAGUUGCAAAUACGCCAGAUGUGUUAACCGAUGACGUCGCCGAUCUCGCCAUUGCUCUUGCUUUGGCUGUCUUCAGGAAGAUUCCUCAGAGUGAUGGUUAUGUUAAGAAUGGGCUUUGGAACAAUUCGGAUUAUCCAUUAACUACAAAGUUUUCAAUGGAAUCCAUUGGAGUCUUACUAACUUGCCCAAUGUACACCAACCUCCACGAAGAACUAGAAAAACGAUUCAACCUAUUCAAACUCUGGAACUUUUCAUCAUUCAAAUCCUUCUCUCAAACUCAUGCUAAUUCAGUUCGUGCAUUGGUUUGCGACACCAAAAUCGGAGCCAACGCAAACACGAUCGAUACACUUCCCAGUCUAGAAAUCAUUUCAACUUACGGCGUUGGAUUAGAUAAAAUUGAUCUGAAAAAGUGUAGAGAGAAAGGAAUUCGAGUUGCAAAUACGCCGGAUGCGUUAACCGAUGACGUUGCCGAUCUUGCCAUUGCACAUGCUUUGGCUGUCUUCAGGAAGAUUCCUCAGAGUGAUGGUUAUGUCAAGAAUGGGCUUUGGAAACAUUCGGAAUAUCCAUUAACGACAAAGUUUAGUGGUAAAUCAGUUGGAAUUGUUGGUUUGGGAAGGAUUGGUUCAGCAAUAGCAAAGAGAGCUGCAGCAUUUGGUUGUCCAGUUAGUUACCACUCAAGAUCUGAAAAACCAGAGGCAGGAUCAUCUUACAAGUAUUACCCUAACAUCCUUGAUUUGGUAGCUAACUCUCAAAUACUUGUUGUAGCAUGUGCCCUUACCGAAGAAACCCGUCACCUUGUGAAUCGUGAAGUUAUCGAUGCAUUGGGCCCGAAAGGUGUUAUUAUCAACAUUGGGCGCGGACCAAUUAUUGAUCAACGCGAACUCGUGUCUGCGUUGGUCGAAGGACAGUUGGGUGGCGCGGGUCUUGAUGUGUUUGAGAAUGAGCCCGAUGUGCCUGAGGAGUUAAUGAGCCUUGAGAAUGUUGUGCUCACUCCUCAUGUGGGAACUGACACUGUUGAAACUUGCAAUGACAUGGCAGAUCUUGUGAUUGCAAACUUGGAGGCUCACUUUAGUGGCAAGCCACUUUUGACUCCAGUCUUGUGAUUUUACUGAUUGAAGUAUAGUAUUGAACAAUGGUGUUACAAUAUCUACUAUAGAAAGUUAUGCUAUUCUAGACAUUUCUUGGUGUUAAUGCUGAAGUCAAAUGAUUUUGUUUGGAGCAUGUCUUUCUUUGUUGUUCUUGUAUGCAAGAAAGAUAUGUAAGAAACAUCUCUAAUUGUGGUGCCUUAAAUAGGCUGCAUAAGGGGAACCAAUAAGUUAAGAGUAAGUAAACAAUCUAAAAUUGGUUACUUAAUUUCCCAUUA